UGAUGUCAGGCAACGAUAAACCGCCGUAAUUAAAUGUAAAUUAGGAGUAGCUCAUAAGUCCAUCCCAACCCCAAUCCCAAUCCCAAUCCCAAUCACUUUCAUUUCACGGGUCAAAAGGAAUUUAGACGCAUAAGUUGCAACAAUAAUGUCAUAAUUCCACUUCUAAGAAAUUGGAGUAUAAAAAUUCUGCUCCCACCUUUAUACCUGCACUCACGAUUCCCAGUAUUUCCACUAAUAGUCUAUAAUCUGAUCCCAUUCUUCAAUACUUCAAUCAAUCAUCAAUCCUGUAAAAAAGUUGUACAGAUUAAAAGGAGUAUACAAUGAAGUUUUAAUCCAAUAAAAAGAAGAAAAGUUGGGCAUUUGAUGCUUAAAAAUGCUCAACUAUUUACUUAUUUUGCUGCUUUUUAACCUCUUCUGUACUCCUCAAGCAGCAGGGCGACCAUAUGCUUUGCGGAUAAGCUGUGGAUCAAGGAAGGACAUCCGUAGUGCACCUACGAAUACAUUGUGGUAUAAGGACUUUGCAUAUACAGGAGGAAUACCUGCUAAUGCAACACGCCCUAGUUAUCUAACCCCUCCAUUAGGAACCCUCCGCUAUUUCCCUUUAUCUGAGGGUCCCGAAAAUUGUUACAACAUCAAACAUGUGCCUACUGGACAUUAUUCUGUGAGGAUAUUUUAUGGUCUAGUAAAAGAUCCUAACUUCGACAAUGAGCCGCUUUUUGAUAUUUCCAUAGAAGGAACUUUGGUCGAUUCUUUGAGUACUGAUUGGAGUAAUGAAGAUGAUCAAGUAUUUACCGAAACAUUUGUCUUUCUUACUGAUGGUUCUGUAUCCAUUUGCUUCCAUAGCACAGGUCAUGGUGAUCCAGCAAUUCUUUCUAUAGAAAUUCAACAGGUUAAUGAUAAGGCAUACUAUUUUGGCCCACAAUUUGGGAAAGGAUCAAUGCUAAAAACAGUUAAAAGGCUUAGCUGUGGUCAAGGGAGGCCAAAGUUCGGGGAAGACUAUGGGGGUGACCCCUGGGGUGGGGAUCGGUUUUGGAACUCACUACGGACUUUUGGGCGAAGUUCCGAUAAGCCUAUUUCUACCGAAAGUCCCAUCAAGAGAAGUUCAAUUGCUCCGAACUUCAAUCCACAAGGUGUUUACCAAUCAGCGUUAGUUAGCACCGAUGUUGACCCUCAGCUAACAUUUACAAUGGAUGUGGAACCUAAUAGUAACUACUCGAUUUGGUUACAUUUUGCUGAGAUAGAUUCUUCCAUCACCAAAGCAGGAGAAAGGGUCUUUAACAUCUUGAUAAAUGGUGAUAUUGAAUUCAAAGUCGUAGAUAUCAUUAACAUGACUGGCGAUGUAAACACGGCAUUAUUAUUAAAUACAACUGUUGCUGUCGAUGGUCGGAGUUUGACAAUCGAUUUGAAGCCUGUCAGUGGAAGUCUUGCUACAAUUAGUGCCAUUGAAGUCUUAAAGGUUAUUCCAGCUGAGGCUAAAACUUUAAUUGUUGAAGUUGGCGCCUUGCAAUCGCUCAAAAAGGCACUGCAACUUCCUAAUCGUCUUGGAUGGAAUGGUGAUCCAUGCAUACCUCAACAACAUCCAUGGAGCAGAGUAGAUUGUCGUUAUGAUAAUACUAAAGGAAAUUGGUACAUUGAUGGGAUCGGUCUUGACAAUCAGGGUUUGCAUGGUUUCCUUCCUCCAGAUAUAUCAAAGUUGAGUCAUCUUCAGAGCAUAAAUUUUAGUGGAAACAGCAUUCAUGGGUCCAUCCCACCAACCAUGGGAACCAUAUCUACCUUGGAGAUGUUGGAUCUUUCUUACAACUUUCUGAACGGGUCGAUUCCAGAGACCCUGGGAGAGCUGCAUUCAUUACGAAUUCUAAAUCUCAAUGGAAACAAGCUGUCCGGCAGAGUUCCAGCUGCUCUGGGUGGAAGACUGUUGCACAGAGCUAGCUUCAACUUUACUGAUAAUGCAGGACUUUGCGGUAUACCAGGCUUGCCGACAUGUGGGCCUCAUCUUUCUGCUGGUGCUAAAGUUGGCGUUGGCCUCGCUGUAUGCUUAGCAUUCCUUUUACUUGUUGGCUGCUCAAUUGUUUGGUGGAAAAGACGACAGAAUAUUCUCCGGGCUCAAAGGCUCACUGCUAGAGAAGCACCCUAUGCAAAGAAGAGAACCCAUUUUUCGCGCGAUGUUCAGAUGACGAUACAUAAUCAAGGUGCUAGGACUGCUUCCGAGAAUGGCCCGAUAUUGUUAUCUUGAAUGCUGCCAGGGCCUAGCGUAAAGCAUCAUUCCCGGAUCACCAAAUACAUGUCAAAUGUGCAUUGUUGAUGAAGAGAUACUAAAAUACGAUCCUCAGCCCUCUGUUGUUUUGAGGUGGCAGCUUCGUUGUGUGGAUGACACUAGCAGCCAUAUUUUUUCGGAGCCAUUCUUCAUGACGCCUGAUUCGCAAAUUUUGAAUAGGGAGAGGCAUCAAUAUUGAAUGUUGUAGAUUAGCACGUUCUUGUAUACUAGUUUUUUGUUUUCGUUUCUCUUGUCCCAUAGUUUCGCAGAGCAAGGUAAUGUAACCAUUGAAAUUGGUCGAUAUAGCGAUUUUCAUAAGGAAAUUAAUAGGAGACGAUUGGUACAGGCAUACAUUCCUCUUUUGUUGUCGAUUCGCUUGAAAUGCUGCUUGAUCAUCUCACAAGAGAAGAUGAUAGAACAUAUAAUCACUGUUAUAUCUCAAACAAUAAGGGUUGUCUGGCAA